CCCUGUCUCGGUCCGUGCUUUUGCGGCCGUCAAGGUAGAGGAGGGAACCUCCGACUUCUCCUCGGAGCGUAAUCGAACCGGAGGAGGCGAAAAAGAGAGGCGAGAUCGAACGCAUACACGCACAACACUGUCCAACAAAUUUUCACUUUUAACUAUUUCUAUCCAAUCAUAACUAGGAUCUUUGUUCAGGGUGGGCUAGGUCCCUUAAUUUUACCGAACUGUUCCUGUUUCUCAAUUUCUAAUCCAUACGAAGAUAUAGGAAAUCACUGUUCAGGAAAUCAUUUUGCAGAGGCCAGGCCUAAGUUUCAUUCGGUAUCAUUGUAUUAGGAAAGAAAAUGUUGGACAGUGUAACGUAGACGUAGGAUAGGUAUGGACAGAAGUAUCGGCGGGCACAGACGGGCGUGUAGACGGGCGCAGGGGCAGCUGAUCGAGAGGGAAUGGGACGGAGAAUCGUACAGGGACACGGAGAGGAGGAUCGUGUACGUAGCGUCGGAAGAGUGUAGCAGACCGCUAGUGUUGUGACGGCGAUCGUGCCCACGACUUCUCUGCCGGACUGUGUUCCGUCAUUUCUGUUUCCCCUUCUCUCUAUCUAUCUAUCUAUCUAUCUAUCUCUUUUUCCCUCGAUCCAUUCUUUCGCACCCCUUUUCACACUCUCGAUCUCUACCCUCUUCUCUUACCUUUCCAUUCCUUUCCCUUUUUUAUACUUUUGUUUCCCUACUUCCAUUCUUCUAUCCCCACCCCCUCGCCCUCUUCGUCUGUUGACUCGCCCUCUCCAUACCCGGAGCGUACCGGGACCACCCUCCAUCGAAGAGUCGGUUCGACACUUCCGGCGAAAAGUGAGUCGUUAACCGGUGCGGAGAACGGCGGAAAAGAAGGAGGAAAAGGAGGUGUUUCGGGAUUGUGUGACGCAUCCGCGAGAUCGUUUGUGCGGAGAAGGUGCGCGCAGGUGUUUCGGAAUAGUGUGAGAAGACGGCGGCAACCACGUGUCUUUGGCGACGGAACCGACGGCUCGCGGUGAAGCAGUGACAGUAUAAAGGGCGGAAGCUUUUCGGUCCCAUCGAUCGACGCGUACAUAUUGCAAGGUGCAUUUCCGGUCCGGCAGCAACCAUGCGCUAUUCAUUGGUGCUUCAAGCGUUCAUCGUCGUUGUGCACGUCGUACCCGAAGCUCGGCUUCAUCGGCCAUCGAACGUCAGGGGUAUAUACACCCUUGAGAAACAUGUCCACGAUCACGAGAUCGUGAUACCUCGAAAAGUGACCCACCUGGGUGAACUUAUCUCGCACAACGUGACCCACCACCAUCACGAGGAUGGACCAGUGGUCCACUAUCGUUUGUCGGUCGGUGGUAACGAGUACCACAUCGAGCUGACCGGCGUGGAAAACUUUAUCGGGCCUGGUAUGGUCGUUGAAAGGCGAAAAAGAGGGAUACAUGUGCGAAGUCGGCCAAAAAAUCGGUCGAGCAAGUGCCAUUAUCGGGGCUUCAUUCAGGGACACACGAAUUCCCAAGUUGCUUUGUCCGCCUGCGAUGGUCUGGCGGGUAUGCUGCGCGGAGAGCACGGCGAGUUCUGGUUGGAACCAGUCGCAGUGUCCCCGGAAGAAGAAGGAGUGAGAGUCGAGGAAAGGCUGGAGGAAGACGCCGGCGCCGAGGGUCGUUCUUUGGACGGUCUGCACCGGAACUCGUUGGCCGGUAGGCCGCAUCUCGUGUUCCGUAGGUCUGUCGAGCAGCCGCAGCUCGAAAUCGGCGCCGCAGGCCGUACCAGACGCCGACGUAAAAAGAAGAGAAAACUCGAGAGAAACUGUGGCACUCGCGAACCGAGGCGAUUAACGGAAACGAGGCUCGAAUGGCAAACGCAGCCGGGUCUCGUUCAGGUUCAAGGGCGAGGACGAAGGAAACAACAUCAAACGAAACGAUGGCAGCGUUCCAGGAGAUCGAUCAGUCGACCUCGUCACGUGGAGGCUCUGGUUGUCGCUGACACGACGAUGAUGGCUUUCCAUCAGGACGGAGACGUGGAGACGUAUCUGCUGACCAUCAUGAACAUGGUGUCGUCGCUCUACCUGGAUCCUACCAUCGGUAAUUUCAUCAACGUCGUCGUGGUCAGGAUUAUUCUCGUCGAGGAGGAUGAGGCAGAACGUGGCCAUUUACAUUCGGCAAGCCGAGGAACGGUCCAAGCUAACGUUUCUUUUCAGCAAGGGUUGGACAUCACGGUGAACGCGGACAGGACGUUGUACAAUUUCUGCAAAUGGCAGCAAAAGUUGAAUCCAGCGGACGAUUCGCAUCCGAAUCACCACGACGUGGCGAUUUUGGUGACAAGAGAGGAUAUCUGUUCGAGAGCUAACACACCGUGCAGCACACUCGGUGUAGCCCACGUAGCCGGUAUGUGCCAACCGGAUCGUAGUUGUAGCGUCAAUGAAGACAAUGGGAUCACGUUGGCGCACACGAUCACUCACGAAUUAGGGCACAACUUCGGGAUGUACCACGACACGGAGAAAAUCGGUUGCAGCAAACGGGACGGCGACACGUUGCACGUGAUGACGCCGACCUUCGAGGUGGACACCAUAGGGGUUGCCUGGUCUAGAUGUUCCAGGAGGGACAUUACAAAUUUCUUGGAGAUCGUUUCUUUCAGCCAAGGAAAGGGCGUGUGUUUGGAAGACGAGCCGGCAGACAACGAUUACGCGUAUCCUGAUUUACCACCCGGCGCGAUGUACAACGCGGAGCACCAGUGCAGACUUCAAUUUGGCGUCCGGGAGGCUUCCGUUUGCUCUCCGUUGCAGGAGAUCUGCUCAAAAUUAUGGUGUAUCGUCGACGGUACUUGCACCACCAUGCUUCAUCCGGCUGCUCCGGGGACGCACUGUGGAAAACACAUGUGGUGCCAGAAUCAAGAGUGCGUGCCGAUCGUGGACAGGCCACGGCAAAUCGAUGGUGGUUGGGGUGAAUGGGGUUCCUGGAGCGAAUGUUCGAGGAGCUGCGGCGCGGGUGUCUCCAUCGUGGAGCGGAAAUGCGACCAUCCGGAACCAGCCCACGGGGGGAAGUUCUGCAUUGGCGAGAGACGACGGUACAAGAUUUGCAACACCCAACCGUGCCCCGAGGGCACGCCCAGCUUCAGAGCGAUCCAGUGUAGCAAUUACGAUGGCAAGGAGUACAAAGGGAAAAACUACACUUGGUUACCGUAUUUUGAUCAAACGGAACCUUGCGAAUUAUACUGCACCGACACAGAGGAGAGCGUGAUCGUGCCAUGGGGUGAAGCUGCCCUCGACGGCACACCCUGCAACGUCGGUACCAGAGACAUGUGCAUCGCUGGAAUCUGUCGGAAAGUCGGCUGCGAUUGGACCGUCGAUUCCGACGCCACAGAAGACCGUUGCGGCAUUUGUCACGGGGACGGGACGCAGUGCGAGACAACAGGAGGAAUAUACGACAAGAACGAUGGUCCCGGUUACAAGGAGGUUGUAGUUGUUCCUUCUGGCUCGAGAAACAUCAAAAUCGAAGAGAUCGGCAACAGCAAGAAUUACAUCGGCAUUGGGGUACCGAACUCUGACAAGUACUUCCUCAAUGGAAAACGGCAGAUCACCUUAGCAGGGGAGUAUGAAGUUGCUGGUACUCCAGCUCUCUACGAACGAGAUCGCGAUAGGGAAAAAGUUCGAAUCCCUGGACCUAUUCGGGAGGACAUCGCUGUCUACUUGAUUUCCAGAGGGCACUAUCGUAAUUUCGGGCUGCGGUACGAGUACACUGUACCGAAGAAAGAACCCGAUCGAGCACCAGAGUACUUUUGGUUAUUUUCCGACUGGUCACUGUGCACGGCUACUUGCGGUGGCGGUACCCAAACCUCGAAAGCGGUCUGCAACGAAAAGAAGAGCGGAAUUGUCGAGGACCAGUUUUGCGAUGGUAUCGAGAAGCCGGAAUCGAUUUUGCGGGAAUGCAAUCUGAAUCCCUGCCCUGCUAGGUGGUGGAUCGGUCCGUGGCAAAUGUGCCCGGUAACGUGCGGAGAAGGUGCGCUUCGAAAACGUUCAGUGAUGUGCGUCUCUUCGGGGAUGGGUCCUAAUCGAUCCGACUUAGCCUUGCCCGACAGAGAUUGCAACAGGGAUGUGAGACCCGAAGAAGUCAGUCCGUGCCCCAACUUACCACCUUGUAGCUCCACCGAACCACCUUUGAUCGUGUACGCUGACAACAAGGACGCCUCAUUCUACAAUGUAAGCUCGAACGAUCAGGACGGUAUCACGAUCGUCGACGGGUUGACCACGGAGGAACCGGAAAUCCUCGAGUUUGAUAACGUGGUCGACGAGAACCCGGACAAUUCCAUGUAUAAUACCAAGUCGAAGUGGAUCGUUUCAAAAUGGAGCCACUGCACCAAUGGAAAGAGGAGCAGGAAAGUUAGCUGUUCGGUUCAAGGAGACUGUAGUCUCGAGAACAAACCCGUCAGCGUUGAACUCUGUCAGGGUGGUAGAUGGGUGACUGGAAGAUGGGGUUCCUGCAAUGCAACCUGUCUCGUAAGGAUCGGUAUUAAACGGAGGGAAGUCGAAUGUCGCGAUCGUAUAACGGAAUUGCUGUCCAACGAUUGCAACCCUGAGAGGAGACCAAUCGACACAAGACGUUGUUAUCAUAGGCGGCAAUGCACGAACGACAAAUCCGAAUGCAAGGACACCAUAGUACCAGCCUCGAUGUGUGCAACCUAUAAACGAAUGUGCAAUGUUUCAUUAAUUGUACAAGAGAAAUGUUGCGCCACGUGUUUCAAGAAACGAAGACACGGUCGUCAAAAUAAAAGGCAUAUUCUUGACGAUUGAUCAAUCUAGAAGUGCAAAGUAUUAAAAUAGCAAUAGUCAUGAUUCGUAUAGAUAAUUCUCUGCAUUACAUUCGAUGAACACUCACGAGGGAAUCCCAGACUUAAUUGACUAAGAACUCGGAAACUUAAUGCCAUGACUAUUAUUUUUUCAGCACUUUAUAAUAUCAACGAAUCUUGAGUCAAUCGUGAGAACGCUUCUCGUGAAACAAGGUCCGUCCUAGUUCCGUACUUGUUUCGAAAACAAGUUCGUUGAACAAUAAUACAAAGUACUCGUGAUACUGUGAAAUUUUUAACAAACUCAGAAGGAACUGCAAAAAGAAAAAAAUAAGAAAACGAUAAAGCAAAUAAACGAAAAUACAUUUAAACAUUCCAAUUGAAACGAUAUUACGUUUGUGAUUCUAAACGAUAUGCUAUAAAUUGUAGUUGUUCUUGGAAACUCUUUUUAAAUUUUGUUGAGUACAGGCAGUACGUAACUUAGUUGUAUUAAUAUUGUAGAUAAAUCUAAGACAAGCGUUUUGUAAUUUUUAUAAUUCUAGUAAUUUAACGGUGCAAAUAAAAGAAUUAAUAAACA